AUAUUGGAUGCCGCAGCCGCCGCUGCCAGCGCUUCCUCCUCUGUCUUCGCCGUGCGAUGCUGGUUCCUGCGGCCCAAGCGGCGGGGAGGUGAAACAGGAGCCCGUGGGAGGAAGAGGAAGAAAGGGGGUGGUGAGAGUAGGGACGGGGCCUGCGGGUGGGGGACCGAGACCGAGCGGGGCGGAGAAGAGAAGGCGCCGCGCCAGCCCCUCCCCCGCCGACCCGCCCCGGCAGCGCCUGUGUUCCCAGACCGGCGCUCCGCCCGCCCCAGCGGCCAUGCCGGGGCCUCGCUGCCCCUGAGGAGCUUCGCCUGCCAGUGCCUGUCCUUCCGCGCCCGCCCGGAUCGCAGCGGCCGCUCUCCCGCCGGCGCCCGCGCUUCGGUCUCCCCUCCCAGUGCAGUGGCCGCCGCCUCUUCCGCCGCCGGGCUCGGGGCCUCCGCACAGACAACAUGGAGGCCGUGAAAACCUUCAACAGCGAGUUGUAUUCCUUGAAUGACUACAAACCACCCAUUUCUAAAGCAAAAAUGACCCAGAUUACAAAGGCGGCCAUCAAAGCUAUUAAGUUCUAUAAACAUGUGGUACAGAGUGUUGAGAAAUUCAUUCAGAAAUGUAAACCAGAAUACAAGGUACCUGGACUUUAUGUUAUUGACUCCAUUGUGAGACAAUCCCGACAUCAGUUUGGUCAAGAAAAGGAUGUGUUUGCACCCCGAUUUAGUAAUAACAUCAUUAGCACUUUUCAGAAUUUAUAUCGUUGUCCUGGGGAUGACAAGAGUAAAAUAGUGAGAGUUUUAAACUUAUGGCAGAAGAAUAAUGUAUUUAAGAGUGAGAUUAUUCAACCGCUUUUGGAUAUGGCAGCAGGGAUUCCUCCUCCAGUUGUCACACCUGUUUUGGCCAGUACUACUGCUGCUAUGAGCAACACCCCAGGAACACCUGUGACACCUGUUACUCCAGCUAAUGUGGUCCAAGGCCUUCCUGAUCCAUGGGUAUCUCAGAUAACAAAUACAGAUACACUUGCUGCGGUUGCUCAGAUCUUACAAAGUCCUCAAGGCCAACAGCUUCAACAGUUAAUACAAACCUUACAGAUACAGCAACAGAAACCGCAGCCUUCCAUCCUCCAGGCCCUGGAUGCUGGUCUUGUGGUUCAAUUGCAGGCUCUCACAGCACAGCUUACAGCUGCAGCUGCAGCAGCCAACACGCUCACUCCCUUGGAUCAGGGAGUCCCUUUCAACAAGAAGUUGAUGGAUAGGUUUGAUUUUGGGGACGAUUCUGAGCAUAGUGAAGAACCCAAAAAGGAAAUUCCAACACCUCAACUUUCUCAUGUUUCAGAAUCUGUGAACAAUUCCAUUUUUCAUCAGAUAGCAGAACAACUACAACAACAAAACCUUGAACAUCUCAGACAGCAGCUCCUGGAACAGCAACAGCCUCAAAAGGCAACUCCUCAAGAUAGUCAAGAAGGGACAUUUGGAUCAGAGCAUUCAGCGUCACCAUCACAAGGGAGUAGUCAGCAACAUUUUCUUGAACCUGAAACAAAUUUGGAUGAUUCUAUAGAUAUACAGCAACAGGAUAUGGAUAUAGAUGAAGGACAAGAUGGAGUGGAAGAGGAAAUCUUUGAACAAGAAGCUAAGAAAGUGGCUGUUCGUUCCAGAUCAAGAACUCAUUCGAGAUCUCGUUCAAGAUCACCAAGGAAACGGAGGUCCAGGUCAAGAUCUGGUUCUCGCAAGCGUAAACACCGAAAGCGAUCAAGGUCCCGCUCAAGAGAGAGGAAGAGGAAGUCAUCACGUUCAUACUCCAGUGAAAGGAGAGCCAGAGAAAGGGAGAAGGAACGACAAAAAAAAGGAUUACCUCCAAUUAGAUCUAAAACAUUAAGUGUAUGUAGCACUACUCUCUGGGUUGGUCAGGUAGACAAGAAAGCGACACAGCAAGAUUUAACCAAUCUUUUUGAAGAGUUUGGACAAAUUGAAUCCAUUAAUAUGAUUCCUCCCAGGGGUUGUGCUUAUGUCUGUAUGGUACAUCGACAAGAUGCAUUUCGGGCUCUUCAGAAACUGAGUUCCGGAUCAUAUAAAAUCGGUUCCAAGGUUAUUAAGAUUGCUUGGGCUUUAAAUAAAGGUGUAAAAACAGAAUACAAACAAUUCUGGGAUGUGGAUCUUGGAGUUACAUAUAUACCAUGGGAAAAAGUUAAAGUGGAUGAUUUGGAUGGUUUUGCAGAAGGAGGCAUGAUUGAUCAGGAAACUGUAAAUACUGAAUGGGAAACAGUGAAGAGCUCAGAACCCAUUAAAGAGACGGUCCAGACAACUCAGAGUCCAACUCCAGUUGAAAAGGAGACAGUGGUCACAACCCAGGCAGAGGUUUUCCCUCCACCUGUUGCCAUGUUGCAGAUUCCAGUAGCACCAGCGGUGCCUACAGUUAGUUUAGUUCCACCAGCAUUUCCUGUGUCCAUGCCAGUUCCGCCUCCUGGAUUCAGCCCAAUACCUCCACCACCUUUUCUGCGAGCAAGUUUUAACCCUUCACAACCACCUCCUGGUUUCAUGCCCCCUCCAGUUCCCCCGCCUGUUGUACCACCCCCUGCAAUUCCACCAGUAGUACCAACAUCCUUAGUGCAACCGCCACUGUCCAUGACCCCUGAAGCUGUGAAGGAUGUUGGAUUUGGUAGUCUUGUUUUACCAGGUGGUCCAGUUGCCAGCAGUCUUGCUACUUCUGCUCUACCAGCUGGAAAUGUUUUUAAUCCUCCACCUAAACAAGCAGAGCCUGAAGAAAAAGUACCUCAUCUUUUAGAACACCAGAUUUCUUCUGGUGAAAACAGCAGAUCAGUGAUUCCGAAUGAUAUUUCAAGUAAUGCUGCAAUUUUAGGAGCACAGCCGCCUAAUGUGACAAGCAAUUCUGGAAUUUUGGGAGUCCAAAGACCAAAUGUAUCAAGUAACUCUGAAAUUCUUGGAGUCCGACCAUCUAAUAUUUCCAGUAGUUCUGGGAUUAUUGGAGCUCAACCACCAAAUAUUCUAAAUAACUCUGGAAUUUUGGGAAUACAGCCACCGAAUGUGUCAAAUAGUUCUGGACUUUUGGGAGUGCUACCCCCAAAUAUGCCGAAUAAUUCUGGACUUGUAGGAGUACAGCCACCAAAUGUCACAAACACUUCUGGACUUUUGGGAACACAGCCACCUGCUGGACCUCAAAAUUUACCCCCUUUAAAUAUCCCAAGUCAAAGGAUGCCUGCAAUGCCAAUAUUAGACAUUCGUCCAGGACUAAUACCACAGGCCCCUGGACCAAGAUUCCCUUUAAUACAACCUGGAAUUCCACCCCAACGUGGAAUCCCUCCCCCAUCGGUACUUGAUUCAGCUCUUCAUCCACCACCCCGUGGACCUUUUCCUCCAGGAGAUAUUUUUAGUCAGCCAGAAAGACCUUUUCUAGCUCCUGGAAGACAAAGUGUAGAAAAUGUUAUUAACCCAGAAAAAAGGAUACCGCUUGGGAGUGAUAACAUUCAACAGGAAGGAGAUAGAGAUUACCGGUUUCCUCCCAUAGAAACCAGGGAGAGCAUUAGUAGACCUCCCCCAGUGGAUGUUAGGGAUGUGGUUGGGCGGCCUAUAGAUCCAAGAGAAGGUCCUGGAAGGCCUCCAUUAGACGGUAGGGAUCAUUUUGGAAGACCUCCUGUAGAUAUCAGAGAGAAUCUUGUGAGGCCAGGUAUAGAUCAUCUUGGUCGAAGAGACCACUUUGGCUUUACUCCAGAGAAGCCCUGGGGGCAUAGAGGAGAUUUUGAUGAGAGAGAGCACCGGGUUCUCCCUGUCUAUGGUGGUCCAAAAGGAUUACAUGAUGAAAGAGGUAGAUUUCGGGCUGGAAGCUACCGAUUUGAUCCUAGAAGUGGUCCUUGGAACAGAGGAUUUGGACAAGAAGUUCACAGAGAUUUUGAUGACCGCAGAAGACCCUGGGAAAGGCAGAGGGAUAGGGAUGACAGAGAUUUUGAUUUCUGCAGAGAAAUGAAUGGAAAUCGUCUUGGACGAGAUAGAAUUCAAAACACUUGGGUCCCCCCUCCUCACGCUCGGGUUUUUGAUUAUUUUGAAGGGGCCACUUCUCAACGAAAAGGUGAUAAUGUGCCUCAGGUUAAUGGUGAAAAUACAGAGAGACAUGCUCAACCACCGCCUUUACCAGUACAGAAUGAUCCUGAACUUUAUGAAAAACUGACGUCUUCAAGUGACAUAAACAAGGAGAAGAGUGACACAGUUGCUGAUAUAGAAAGUGAACCAGUGGUGGUAGAAAGCACAGAAACUGAGGGGACACCACUAGAAGCCACUUCCGUAGAGACCAGAUACUUAGUUAAAAUGGGGAACUCCGAGAGUCAAUACACCCUUCAAGGAUCUAAAAAUCAUAGCAAUACUAUUACUGGUGCUAAGCAAAAGCCUUGCUCCCUGAAAAUACGCAGCAUUCAUGCAAAAGAUGAGAAGUCGUUGCAUGGAUGGAGUCACGGAGGUGGUGGAGCAGGUUACAAGUCCAGGUCCCUGGCCCGGAGCUGCCUUUCUCACUUUAAGAGUCACCAGCCUUAUGCAUCAAGACUUGGGGGACCCAUGUGCAAACUCUCCAAAGGCACUGCCUACUCUAAGCACAGGGCGAGCGCCCCAGGAAAUGAUUUCCAGGGCAACAGUGCUGCUUUCUCACCUGAGAAUGGCUUCCAUUAUGUUGGCCAUGAGCCGGCAGAUAACCACAUCACCUCGAGAGACUGCAACGGACACCUUCUCAACUGCUAUGGGAGGAACGAGAGCAUGGCCUCCACCCCGCCAGGGGAAGACCGCCGGAGCCCCAGGGUGCUCAUCAAGACCCUGGGGAAGCUGGAUGGGUGUUUAAGGGUGGAGUUCCACAGUGGUGCCAACCACAGCAAAGGGCCCGCAGGGGACCCCAGUGGACCUGUGCAGCUGCUGAGAUACUCACCCACCCUGGCUCAGGAGACCUCCCCUGUGUCCGAGGCCAGAAGGGACUCCAGUGCCGGCUCCCCCGCCAGCCAGCGCCCUUCUCCCACCGACUCCCGCCUGCGCUCCAGCAAGGGCAGCUCCCUGAGUUCCGAGUCGUCCUGGUACGACUCCCCUUGGGGCAACGCUGGGGAGCUGAGCGAGGUGGAGGGCUCCUUCCUGGUCCCCAGCACGCCCGAUCCCACCCUCCCCAUCAGCUUCCCACCAGGUGAUGCCAAAAAGCCUUUUAACCAAAGCUCUUCCCUGUCCUCCCUCCGGGAACUGUACAAAGAUGCCAACCUGGGGACCUGCUCCCCCUCCGGCAUCUGCCUUUCCGACGAGUACAUCGGCUCCCACACCUGCCUAAGCAACCGCGUUUCCUUUGCCUCCGACAUUGAUGUGCCCUCCAGGGUGGAGCACAGGGACCCUGCCCAGUACAGUUCCUUCACCCUCCCCUGCCGCAAGUCCAAAGCCUUCACCGAGGACACUGCCAAGAAGGACACCCUCAAAGCCAGAAUGCGACGGAUCAGCGACUGGACCGGAAGCCUGUCGAGGAAGAAAAGGAAACUCCAGGAGCCACGGUCCAAGGAGGGCAGCGACUACUUUGACAGCCGCUCUGAUGGGCUGAAUGCAGAUGUGCAGAUGCCCCCUCCGGGCUCUGCGCUGCUGUGGCCAGGGGGCUCGGCUCACAUCCUGUCUCAGAGGAGCGAAUCUGCUCAUGCGAUUGGUAGUGAUCCCCUGCAACAGAACAUUUACGAGAAUUUCAUGAGAGAGCUGGAAAUGAGCAGGACCAACCCAGAGCACAUAGAAACAUCCACGGAGACCAUUGAGUCCAGCAGCGAGUCACUCAGCUCGCUGGAGCAACUGGAUCUGCUGUUUGAGAAGGAACAAGGAGUGGUCCGGAAAGCCGGGUGGCUCUUCUUCAAACCCCUCGUCACUUUGCAGAAGGAGAGGAAGCUGGAGCUGGUGGCACGGAGGAAAUGGAAACAGUACUGGGUAACUCUUAAAGGCUGUACCCUGCUGUUUUACGAGACCUAUGGGAAGAAUUCCACGGAUCAGAGCGGGGCCCCGCGGUGCGCUCUCUUUGCAGAGGAGAGCAUAGUGCAGUCCGUCCCGGAGCAUCCCAAGAAGGAGAACGUGUUCUGCCUCAGCAACUCCCUUGGUGAUGUCUACCUUUUCCAGGCCACCAGCCAGACAGACCUGGAAAACUGGGUCACUGCUAUCCAUUCUGCGUGUGCAUCCCUUUUUGCAAAGAAGCAUGGGAAAGAGGACACGGUGCGGCUGCUGAAAAGCCAGACGAGAAGCCUGCUUCAGAAGAUCGACAUGGACAGCAAGAUGAAGAAGAUGGCGGAGCUGCAGCUGUCUGUGGUGAGCGACCCCAGGAACAGGAAGGCCAUCGAGAACCAGAUCCAACAGUGGGAGCAGAAUCUGGAGAAAUUUCACACGGACCUAUUCAGGAUGCGCUGCUACCUGGCCAGCUUACAAGGCGGGGAGUUACCGAACCCCAAGAGUCUCCUUGCAGUCGCCAGCCGUCCCUCCAAGCUGGCCCUCGGCAGGCUGGGAGUCUUAUCCGUGUCUUCUUUCCAUGCUCUGGUGUGUUCUAGAGAUGACUCUGCUCUCCGGAAAAGAACCCUUUCGCUGACCCAGCGAGGGAGGAGCAAGAAGGGCAUAUUUUCUUCCUUAAAAGGGCUGGACACGCUGGCAAGGAGAGGGAGGGAGAAAAGAGCGUCCGUGACUCAGGUGGAUGAACUUCUGCAUCUAUAUGGGUCAGCAGCAGAUGGUGCUCCCCGCGACAUCACGUGGGAAAUCCAGGCUUACAUUCACUUUCAGGACAAUCAAGGAGUCACUGUAACCAUCAAGCCAGAACACAGAGUGGAAGACAUUUUGACCUUGGCAUGCAAGAUGAGGCACUUGGAACCCAGUCACUAUGGCCUUCAACUUCGAAAAUUAGUUGAUGAGAGCUUCGAGUGCUAUAUUCCUGCCCUGGGUGAAUACAUGCAAGAACAGGUUUAUGAUGAAAUAGAAGUCUUUCCACUAAACAUUUAUGAUGUGCAGCUCACGAAGACGGGGAGUGUGUCUGACUUUGGGUUUGCAGUCACAGCCCAGGUGGACGAGCACCAGCAUCUCAGCCGGAUAUUUAUCAGUGACGUUCUCCCUGAUGGCUUGGCAUAUGGCGGAGGAUUGAGAAAGGGCAAUGAAAUCAUGACCUUAAAUGGGGAAGCUGUGUCUGAUCUUGACCUCAAGCAGAUGGAGGCCCUGUUUUCUGAGAAGAGCGUUGGACUCACUUUGAUUGCCCGGCCUCUGGACACAAAAGCAACCCUGUGUACUUCCUGGUCGGACAGUGACCUGUUCUCCAGGGACCAGAAGGGUCUGCUGCCCUCUCCCAACCAGUCCCAACUGCUGGAGGAAUUCCUGGACAACUUUAAAAAGAAUACAGCAAAUGAUUUCAGCAAUGUUCCCGACAUCCCCACGGGCCUGAAGAGGAGUCAGACAGAUGGCACCCUGGACCAGGCGUCCCACAGGGAGAAGAUGGAGCAGACGUUCAGGAGCGCUGAACAGAUUGCCGCGCUGUGCAGGGACUUUACCGACACCCAGACCAACAGCAUGGAGGGACCCAGGGAGAGUCAGGACCCGCCUCCAAGGCCAUUGGCACGCCACCUCUCUGAUGCAGACCGCCUCCGGAAAGUCAUCCAGGAGCUGCUGGACACCGAGAAGUCCUACGUGAAGGAUCUGAGCUGCCUCUUUGAAUUAUACUUGGAGCCACUUCAGAAUGAGACUUUUCUAACCCAAGAUGAGAUGGAGUCGCUUUUUGGAAGCUUGCCAGAGAUGCUGGAGUUUCAGAAGGUGUUUCUGGAGACACUGGAGGAUGGGAUCUCGGCUUCCUCUGACUUUGAUGUAUUGGAAACCCCCUCACAGUUUAGAAAACUGCUGUUUUCCCUUGGAGGCUCUUUCCUCUAUUACGCAGACCACUUUAAACUGUACAGCGGAUUCUGUGCUAACCAUAUUAAAGUACAGAAGGUUCUUGAGCGUGCCAAAACCGACAAGGCCUUUAAGGCUUUUCUGGAUGCGCGGAAUCCCACCAAGCAGCACUCCUCCACCCUGGAGUCCUACCUCAUCAAGCCGGUUCAGCGAGUGCUCAAGUACCCUCUGCUGCUCCGGGAGCUCGUGUCCCUGACCGACCACGAGAGUGAGGAGCACUACCACCUGACAGAGGCACUGAAGGCAAUGGAAAAGGUAGCAAGCCACAUCAAUGAGAUGCAGAAGAUCUAUGAGGACUACGGGACCGUGUUUGACCAGCUGGUAGCUGACCAGAGUGGUCCAGAGAAGGAGGUAACAGAACUUUCCAUGGGGGAACUCCUGAUGCACUCCACAGUUUCCUGGCUGAAUCCGUUCUUGUCUCUAGGAAAAGCCAGAAAGGACCUUGAGCUUACGGUAUUUGUUUUUAAGAGAGCUGUCAUAUUGGUUUAUAAAGAAAACUGUAAACUGAAAAAGAAAUUGCCCUCGAAUUCCCGGCCUGCGCACAACUCCUCUGACUUGGACCCGUUCAAAUUCCGCUGGUUGAUUCCCAUAUCGGCCCUUCAAGUGAGGCUGGGGAACUCGGCAGGGACAGAGAAUAAUUCCUUAUGGGAGCUGAUCCAUACAAAGUCAGAAAUAGAAGGACGGCCAGAAACCAUCUUUCAGCUGUGUUGCAGUGACAGCGAGAGCAAAACCAGCAUCGUGAAGGUGAUCCGCUCUAUUCUGCGGGAAAACUUCAGGCGCCACAUCAAGUGUGAGCUACCUCUGGAGAAGGCGUGCAAGGAUCGCCUGGUCCCACUGAAGAACCGCGUUCCAGUUUCAGCCAAAUUAGCCUCGUCCAGGUCUUUGAAAGUCCUCAGGACCUCUGCCAGCAGCGAUUGGCCCAGUGAGUCCAGCAAGGGUCACUCUCUGGACUCGGACGAGUGCAGCUUGAGCAGCGGCACCCAGAGCAGUGGCUGCCCUGUGGCUGAGAGCAGGCAGGAAUGCAAGAGCGCGGCUCCCGGGAGGGACCCCCACGUUGGCCCAGCAGAGUUUCCAGACAGUCUCAUCAAAGAGAGCGAUAUUCUGAGUGACGAAGAUGAGGACUGCCACCAGACACGGAACCAGGGCAGCCCUACCAAGGACAUCGAAAUUCGGUUCCAAAGACUGAGAAUCUCUGAGGACCCUGACCCACUCCCGGCUGACCAACAGCCGGGCACCAGGGCUGACGAGGGCCAGAAGGGAGGGGAGCAGCCCAAGCUGGUCCGGGCCCACUUCUGCCCCAUUAAACGAAAAGCAAACAGCACCAAGAGGGACAGAGGGACUCUGCUCAAGGCGCAGACUCGUCACCAGUCCCUUGACAGUCAACCCGAAAACGCCAGCAUUGAUCUAAAUUCAGUUCUAGAGCGGGAAUUCAGUGUCCAGAGCUUAACUUCGGUUGUCAACGAGGAGUGCUUUUACGAAACAGAGAGCCAUGGAAAAUCAUAGUGCAGCUCGAUCCAGACGCUGAUCCUUGACUUUUAAAAUUGGUGAAGUGGAAACUGCAGAAAGACCAUUACUGGGUUUUGUGCAGUAUAUAUUUUCCCACAAAAACACUGUAAAGAUUUAAGUUAUUUUAAUUUAUUGUGGACCAGAAAACCAGAUUAAACUGGUCAGAAUCUGUAAAUUAGUUUAUAUCCCUUUUUGAGCAGGUAUCAAAAUGAUUUAGAAUCCUUAAAGUAAUUAGAGUGAAAUUUUAUUUUAAGUUAUGUGGAAAAAGUAAGGUCGGGGAAGUUGUGAUUAAUAGCUUUAAAGGGGUCCUUUUCCCCCCAAAAGCUUCUGGGCAUUUUCUUUGAGCUGUUAGUUUUUGCUUUAUUUAAAGCAAAUUUAAGUUAUUUUAAUGUGGUUUAGGGGCACAAUGUGCAGAGAUUUCAUUUUUGUAAGGUUGUAAUAGAUGCUGUUUAUACUAAACUUGUCAUAUCUAUGCAGUAUAUAUUAAAAGAAAGCUGGUACUGUA